AUGACCGUAACGGAGGCCAGACGAUCGUUGGAAGAGCAAUUUGAUUCGUUUUGUGCGGCCAACUCGUUCGAAUCUAUUCUGAAUCAUUUCAAUCAACUCUGCGCUCUGGCCGUGACCACACCGACCAGGCAUCCUUGGGCGAUUUACACACAACUGCAUGCUCGUCUGAAAUGUUACUGGAAAGCAGCCGCUCUGUUUGAACGAUUGGAGAAGCGGGUUCGGCGACCGGAAUACAUGCAUCAGACUGCAUGCAGUGGUUUGAAUGUAAGUGGUUUGUGCUUGUGUCUUCCUACUCGUAUAUCUCCCCUCGCCCCUUGUGCCCAUUUCAAUUAG